ACAGGGAAGGAUGAUGAAGCUAAGAUGGCAGCACAAUUGAGGAUGCUGCCUAUUCGGGGUAAAGAAAUACACAAGGAACAAACGAAAACAAAAGGCGACAUGACACACUUUUUAAAGAGAUUCUUGCUUUAAUUCCAAAGACGAGAUGGCUUGAGAUUCGGAAUUCCGGGAAACAAGUUCCGAUUCCACGCUCUGGAAUUGGAAGCCUAUUUCGCAGUUGCACGGCGUUGGCUACGUUUGUGCAGUUUUAGGAGAUACACUGGAUGUAGCUGCAUUUCAGGAUGGACAAAUGACGAGGUGUAUGAUUUUCGAAUGACAGUUGGGAUAUAACUGCAAGCUAUCUAGGUAGCUGUUAUAAUGUUGAUGUAAUAUAUGCAUUGUUCUCCAAAACGAUGAUGUGUGCUGCUGCGGCAGCCGGUGGUGCCGGAGGGAUUCUGCCAUCCCAAUUACCUUCGAUGGGGCUAGGCAUCAGGGUCAUUUCUGGAGUUGGGGACGAUUUCUCCUCCAUUGGGUCGGGAAUGGGUUCGUGUCAAACACUGGGAACCCAGUCGGAUUGCCGAAGUCGGUACCAACUUCUACUCUCUGGGCGAGCUUUAGCGGAAAGAUACAGGAAUAUUUAUACCACGGCUAUCAAUGACAAGGAGCAAGGAGGAAGGGGAAAGAAAGCUUUAAGCAAGAAGAAGCUGAAACGGCGGCAAAAGGUUAAGUCAAAAGUCAAAACAAGAAAAAAGACGGAGAACAUCGAUGGGAUCUUCUGCGUGCCGGACAUCAAACUGCAUAGCAACCCAUCGGCAUUCAACGUGUACUGCAACGUGCGUCACUGCGUGCUGGACUGGCAGCAGCGGGAGGCGUCCCUGUCUCUGGCCUCGAGGAGCUCUGUGCAGAGUGGCGACUCGGACAGCGAGGAGGAGGAGGAGUACCGUGAGCCCACCUUCAAGCUUCCCAAGAUCAUUGGCAUCGGUCUGUGUGGGGUGUUUGAGCUGAUCAAGGAGACUCGGUUCUCCCACCCCUCGCUGUGCCUGCGCAGCCUACAGGCCCUGCUGGACAUGCUGCAGGGACAACAGCCAGAGGGCUUCCAGACCGAACCUCCUGAUGUACUGGAGUCUCUGUUCCACUUGCUGUUGGAGACAACGGUGCGCAGCACGGGGAUGAAUGACCCCACUGGUCAGGCCCUCACUGCCCUGUCCUGCGCCUGCCUCUUCAGCCUGGUGGUGUCCUGGGGAGACACAGGCAAGACCCUGCAGGCCGUCUCCGCCAUCCUCACCAACAACGGCAGUCACGCCUGCCAGACUAUCCAGGUGCCGACCAUUCUGAACGCGUUACAGAGGAGCGUGCAGGCCGUGCUGGUGGGCAAGAUCCAGAUCCAGGACUGGUUCGGCAACGGCAUCAAGCGGGCGGCGCUGAUGAACAAGUGGGUACUGAAGGAGGUGACCGUCGAUGAGGAUGAGCACUGCCUGCUGCAGACCGACGGCUCUUUCCUCUACCUGCUCUGCAAGGAUGGCCUCUACAAAGUGGGCUCUGGCUACAGUGGCACCGUCAGGGGCCAUGUGUAUAAUUCCACAUCAUGCAUCAGGAAUCGGAUGGAGAAGAGAUCAUGGUUGGGCUUCGCUCAGGGCUGCCUGUUGUACCGGGAUAUGAGUAACGACCACAGUACGUCGGCCAUCAAGAUCAACCCAGAGACUCUGGAGCACGAGGGCACCAUCACCAUGCCAGGUCUACAGGCAGACGGCCAGAGCAUAGUCUUCACCGACGGAGAGUACAUCAACCAAAUCGCUGCCUGCAAAGACGAUGGGUUUGUGGUGCGGAUCUACGCGACCAGUACAGACUCAGCAUUGCAGCAGGAGCUUCAGCUGAAACUGGCCAGGAAGUGUCUCCACGCCUGCGGCAUCUCUCUGUUUGACCUUGAGAAAGACCUACACAUCAUCAGUACAGGGUUUGACGAGGAGGCAGCAUUGCUGGGAGCAGGCAGGGAAUUUGCUUUGAUGAAAACGGCCUCAGGAAAGAUCUACUACACAGGGAAGUACCAGAGCCUCGGCAUCAAGCAAGGUGGUCCGUCGGCAGGUAAAUGGGUGGAGCUGCCUGUCACCAAGUCCCCUAAGAUCGUCCAGUUCUCGGUGGGCCAUGACGGCUCGCAUGCCCUGCUGGUGGCCGAGGAUGGCAGCGUGUUCUUCACCGGCUCUGCCAGCAAGGGAGAGGACGGAGAGUCCACCAAAAGCCGGCGCCAGCCGAAGCCCUACAAGCCCAAGAAGAUGAUGAAGCUGGAGACCAAGACAGCGGUGAACACGGCCUGCAACAACGGCAGCAGCGGCAUUGUCACCAAGGACGGAGAGCUCUACAUGUUUGGCAAGGACGCCAUCUACAGUGACAGCACCUGCCAGGUUUCAGACCUGAAGGGUCACAUUGUAACACAGGUAGCCAUGGGGAAGGCCCACACCUGUGUCCUGACCAAGAGUGGAGAGGUCUGGACAUUUGGGGUCAACAACAAGGGCCAGUGUGGCCGAGAAACAGGGGCAGUGAACCAGGCGGGGAAAGCAUUUGGCAUGGAGAGUAUGGCGACCGCCAUGGAAGAGGACCUGGAGGAUGAGCUGGAGGAGAAGGAGGAGAAGAGCAUGAUGUGCCAGUCGGGCAUGCACAAGUGGAAACUGGACCAGUGCAUGGUGUGCACCGUGUGUGGAGACUGCACCGGCUACGGAGCCAGCUGUGUCAGCAGCGGACGGCCCGACAGAGUACCCGGAGGUAUCUGUGGCUGUGGUUCAGGGGAGUCUGGCUGCUCAGCGUGUGGCUGCUGUAAGGCCUGCGCCAGGGAGCUGGAUGGACAGGAGGCCAGACAGAGGGGCAUCUUUGACGCUGUCAAGGAGAUGAUACCACUAGACCUACUACUAGCUGUGCCUGUCCCUCCCCCCCCAGGAGUCAACAUUGAGGAGCACAUCCAGAUCCGGCAGGAGGAGAAACGCCAGCGGAUCAACCGCCGACACCGGCUGGAGGAGGGACAAGACGGGAGCAGCGAGCGAGUGGAGAAGGACCCCCAUAAGAUCACCACCUACCCCCCGAGGGUGGUGCAUUUCGACUGCGAGAUGACAGCUGUGCAGGUCAGCUGCGGCUUCCACCAUUCAGUGGUGCUGAUGGAGAAUGGGGAUGUCUAUACGUUUGGCUACGGUCAGCAUGGUCAGCUUGGACACGGAGAUGUCAACCUAAGGGGAUCUCCCACACUGGUGCAGGCUCUCCCAGGUCCGAGUGUCCAGGUGACAGCUGGUAGUAACCACACGGCCGUGCUCCUCAUGGACGGGCAGGUCUUCACCUUCGGCAGCUUCUCGAAAGGGCAGCUGGGUCGGCCAAUCCUGGACAUGCCCUACUGGAACGCCAAGCCCUCCCCCAUGCCCAACAUUGGUGCCAAGUACGGCCGCAAGGCCACCUGGAUCGGGGCCAGCGGCGACCAGACCUUCCUGAGGAUAGACGAGGCCCUGAUCAACUCACACGUCCUGGCUACUUCCGAGAUCUUCGCUAGCAAAGACAUCAUCGGCUUAGUCCCCACCUCUGUGUCGGAGCCCCCUCCCUUUAAAUGCCUGCUCAUCAACAAGUUGGAUGGCAGCUGCCGCACCUUCAACGACUCAGAGCAGGAGGACCUGCAGGGCUUCGGCCUCUGUCUCGACCCCGUCUACAACGUCAUCUGGAGGUUUCUGCCGGCGUCAAGGGAGAUGUGGUGCUACAACGCCGUGAUAGCCGACGGCCGUGUGCCCUCGGCCACGGACCUCCAGGCCCGCUGCAGCAUCCUCAGCCCAGAGCUGGCACUGCCCGCCGGCGCCCACGCCACAACCACCCGCUCCCACGGAGCCCUGCACAUACUAGGUUGCCUGGAUACGCUGGCGGCCAUGCAAGAGCUGAAGAUGUGCGUGGCCAGCACAGAGGAGGAGACUCAGGCCGUUAUGAAGGUGUACUCCAAGGAGGAGUACAGUGUGGUCAACCGCUUCGAGAGUCACGGGGGUGGCUGGGGUUACUCGGCCCACUCGGUGGAGGCCAUCCGCUUCUGUGCUGACUCUGACAUCCUGCUGGGGGGACUGGGCCUGUUCGGGGGCCGUGGGGAGUACACCGCUAAGAUCAAGUUGUUUGAGCUGGGGCCUGAUGGUGGAGACCAUGAGACGGAUGGGGACCUCCUGGCUGAGACUGACGUCCUGGCCUAUGGCUGCGCUGCCAGGGAGAAGUACGCCAUGAUGUUUGACGAACCGGUGCUGCUGCAGCUAGGCUGGUGGUAUGUGGCCUGGGCCCGGGUGUCUGGACCCAGCUCAGACUGUGGCUCCCACGGACAGGCCACCAUCACCACAGAUGACAGUGUGGUCUUUCAGUUCAAGAGCUCCAAGAAGUCAAACAACGGUACCGACGUGAACGCAGGUCAAAUACCUCAGCUCUUGUACAGGCUUCCGUCGAACGAUGGCAAAGCAGCCAAAGGGAAACAGCAGACCAGUGAGCCGGUUCACAUCCUCAAACGCUCCUUCGCCCGGACUGUCUCAGUGGAGUGUUUCGAGUCCCUGCUGAGGAUCCUCCACUGGAGCUGGACCACCCUGGUGCUGGGGGUGGAGGAACUGAGGGGCCUGAAAGGCUUCCAGUACACGGCCACCCUGCUGGACCUGGAGCGCCUGCGGUUUGUAGGGACCUGCUGCCUGCGCCUGCUCCGCGUCUACAUCUGUGAGAUCUUCCCCAUCUCUGCCAGCACCAAGGCGGUGGUGGAAGAGUCCAGCAAGCUGGCGGAGUGCAUCGGCAAGACCCGUAGCCUGCUCAAGAAGAUCCUGUCGGAGGGCAUGGACAACUGCCUGACCAAGCUGGACAACGACCCUCAGGGCUACCUCUCCCAGCCCCUCACCCUGCUAGAGGCCGUGCUGCAAGAGUGCCACAACACCUUUACCUCCUGCUUCCAUUCCUUCUACCCUACGCCCGCUCUGCAGUGGGCCUGCCUCUGCGACCUUCUCAACUGCCUUGACCAGGACAUCGCUGAGGCCAACUUCCGCACAUCAAGCAGCCGACUGUUGGCGGCGGUGAUGUCUGCGCUGUGCAACACGUCGGUCAAGCUGACGUCCAUCUUACCCAUUGCGUACGACGGCGAGGUGCUGCUGCGCUCGCUGGUCAAACAGGUCAGCACGGAGAACGACUCGGCGCUCGCCCACCGCUUCCCCCUGCUGGUGGCGCACAUGGAGAAACUCAGCCACACGGAGGAGAACCUGAUGGGGAUGACCAGUUUCCGGGAGGUUCUUGAGAAGAUGCUGGUCAUCGUGGUGCUGCCGGUGAGGAAAAGCCUGAGGAAAGAGGUGGAGCUCUUCUCCCCCCACCUGGUCUCCAACACCUGUGGCCUGCUGGCCAGCAUAGUCUCUGAGCUCACCGCCUCUGCACUUCGCUCCGAGGAGGACGGUCUGAACUCGCUUCACUCUGUGAAGUCCACUCCCAACCGCUUCACCAAGACGAGCCAAGGCCGCAGCUGGAACACAGGCAACGGCUCUCCGGAUGCCAUCUGUCUGAUGGUGGACAAGCCUGGCGUGGUGCUGGUGGGCUUUUGUGUCUACGGCGGCGGGGGCAUCCAUGAGUACGAGUUGGAGGUGCUCGCUGAUGAUGCCCAGACUGAGCACCCUGGGGUCCACACCCACAGGUGGACGUCUCUGGAGCUGGUGAAGGGAACCUACAGCACCGAUGACUCCCCCAGUGACAUUGCAGAGAUACGCCUCGACAAGGCUGUGCCACUCAAGGAGGGUGUGAAAUACGCUGUCCGCCUGCGUAACUAUGGCAGCCGAACGGCCAAUGGGGACGGAGGGAUGACCACGGUUCAGUGUUCCGAUGGCGUGGCCUUCACCUUCGGCACCUGUAGCCUGAGCAGCAAUGGGACCAACCAGACUAGAGGACAGAUACCACAGAUACUGUACUACAGGAGUGAGUAUGACGGGGAUCUGCAGACCCAGAUGCUUAGCAAAGCCAAUGAGGAGGACAAGAACUGCAGCAGGGCUCUCUCAGUGGUCAGUGCAGUGGUCAGAGCUGCCAAGGAUCUCCUUCACAGGGCGUUCGCUGUGGAUGCGGAGGACAUCCCUGAGCUGCUGAGCUCUUCCAGCCUGUUCUCCAUGCUCCUCCCCCUCAUCUUGGCCUACAUCGGCCCUGUGGCUGCCUCAGCACCCAAGGCCGCAGUGGAAGUCUUUGGUCUGGUCCAGGAGUUACUUCCUGCUGUCUCCGCUUUGAACCAGAAGUAUGCGCAACUGGCUUUCAACCCCAACCAAUCAACAGACAGCACCAUGGGCAACCAGCUGGAGCAGGGCCUAUCGGCAUGCACCACCUCCAGUCACUAUGCUGUGAUAGAGAGUGACCACCCUUACAAACAGGCCGGAGUCACACAGUAUAAGGUGUCAUUCCCGGACUGCGUGCGGUGGACCACGAUCGAGUUUGACCCCCAGUGUGGCAUGGCCCAGCCAGAGGAUGUCCUCCGCCUGCUCAUCCCCAGCCAUUCACUCCACCUGUCCAGCCUGAGCACCAAGCCCCUGGUCCACGACACCAUCAACACCUGGGUGGAGCUCAAGAAGAUCUCCGGCUCCAAUGGCUGGCCCACCACUGUCCUAGUGCUGCCAGGAAACGAGGCCCUGUUCUCCUUGGAAACGGCCUCUGACUACGUAAAAGACGAGAAGGCCUGUUUCUACGGCUUCAAGUGUGUUGCCGUGGGAUACGAAUUCAACCCUGGACCAGAUGAGGGUAUUAUCCAGCUGGAGAAGGAGUUGGCAUACUUGGGCAGUGUGUGUGCUGCUGCUCUCAUGAAGAAGGAUCUGGCUCUUCCUAUUGGGAAUGAACUUGAAGAGGACCUUGAGAUUCUUGAAGAUGCCUCUCUCCAGGUGUGUAAGGCCCACUCAGGUAUCCUGGGCAAGGGGCUGGCCCUGUCCCACUCCCCCACCAUCCUGGAGGCUCUGGAGGGCAACCUGCCCCUGCACCUGCAGACCAACGAGCACUCCUUCCUUGAGGACUUCAUCACCUGCGUGCAGAACUCCAGCGGAGGACGCUUGGCCAGGUGGCUGCAACCAGACUCAUACGCGGACCCCCAUAAGACGUCUCUGAUCCUGAACAAGGACGACAUCCGCUGCGGCUGGCCCAGAACAGUGGCCGUCCAGACCAAAGACCAGUACGGAGACGUGGUGCAUGUGCCCAACAUGAAGGUGGAGGUGAAGGCGGUGCCCGUCUCCCAGAAGAAGUCCAUGCAGCAGGAGUGCAUGAGGAAGCGGCAGCGUCUCCCAGGCAGCGCCAACCCCUCCUCCUCGUGCACUGCUGACCUGACCUUCGGGGGCCUGCCCAUGCCCAAGCUGGACGCCACAUACGAGCCCAUGAUCAUCAAGGAGGCGCGCUACAUCGCCAUCACAAUGAUGAAGGCCUAUGAGAAUUACUCAUUCGAGGAGCUUCGCUUUGCUUCGCCCACUCCAAAGAGGCCCAGUGAGAACAUGUUGAUCCGGGCCAACACAGACGGGACCUACAGCGCUAACUGGACCCCCGGGGCUGUGGGCCUCUACACCAUCCAUGUCACCAUCGACAGCAUCGAGAUCGAUGCUGGUCUGGAGGUGGAGGUGAAAGACCCUCCUAAAGGCAUGAUCCCACCUGGCACACAGAUGGUUAAACCCAAGGCAGAGCCCCAACCUAGCAAGGUCCGCAUAUUUGUGUCCAAGGACAGUGCAGGCCUCCGUGUGCGUAGUCACCCCUCCCUGCAGAGCGAACAGAUAGGCAUAGUGCAAGUCGAUGGCACCAUCACUUUCAUUGAUGAGAUCCACAAUGAUGAUGGUGUUUGGCUCAGGCUGAAUGAUGAGACAGUAAAGAAGUAUGUGCCCAACAUGAAUGGGUACGCUGAAGCCUGGUGCCUCUCUUUUAACCAGCACGUGGGCAGGAGCCUGCUGAUCCCAGCUGACGAGGCCAGGGGCCAUUUGGAGCAGUGUGUUAAGGAGGUGAGCGCCAGCGGCCGCCCCACCCACGAGGCCCCCUCCAUGCGGGAGCAGGGCAGGGCGUGGCAGGGCGGCGGCGGCGGCGGCCCUGGGCUUUAUAAGGUAGUGAAGACGGGCCCUUCGGGUCACAACAUCAGAAGCUGGCCAAACCUUAGGGGUAUCCCCAUUGGAAUGUUAGUACUUGGGAACAAGGUCAAGGCAGUAGGCGAGGUGGUAAACACUGAAGGGACGUGGGUGCAGCUGGACAAGAAUAGCGUGGUGGAGUUCUGCGAGAGCGACAAAGGAGAGGCCUGGUCUCUGGCCCGAGACCGUGGGGGAAACCAGUACCUACGCCACGGGGAAGAACAAACCCUGUUAGAGCACGUGGCCCAGACCUCCCCAACUAGCCCCUUUUCUGUCCAGGCCUUCAACAGGGCUGCUGCAGCCAAUGGGGCCAAUGGGGCACAGGGCUUCAACUACGGCAUCUCAAACAACAAAGGUGACCAACAGUUGAGUGCCAUACUGAAUAGUGCCAUUCAGUCUGGGCCCUUCCUCCCUCCAGCCGCUCCUCCCUCCUCUUCCUCCGUAUUUGAGCAAGCCGCCCAUCUUUCCUCCUCCUCCCUUGUCCACAGCCCAUUUGUGUUUGGACAAUGCCCCAGUUCCCAAGUGUCUCAGCCGCAGCCACAGCUUCUGAGUAACUCAGGGACACGCCCCAUGUCCCCAGCCUCUAAACACCGACAGGAAAGCCACUCCCCAAAACAGGAGGGGCGCGGUGGUCGCUCCUCGGACCACUCCAAAAGCAAAGACCUGUUGGCCAGCGAGGCACUGAUCCUGCGGUCGGACACAGCCAAGCUGCGGUCAGACUCCCAUAGCCGCUCCCACUCACCCAACCAUAACACCUUGCAGGCGCGGAAGGCCGACGGGCGUGAUCGUAACUCCGAAUCGCCCAACCCUGGCUCCCGCUCCUCCUCGCCCAAGCAGAAGGACCUGUCCUCCUCCUCGGGGAGGUAUAGCCCCUCUAGCACCUCCUUUCCGGGGUCCUCCUCCCCCCAGCAUGAUAAGAACCUUGCUCAGGACAAGAACCAACCAAUUGACAAGAACAUGCCAGAAGACAAGAACCAACCAGUCGAUAAGAACAUGCCACAAGACAAGAACCAACCCCAUGACCAGAACCUCCCUCCCAAAGUCAGCCCCUCCUCCAAGGCUCGGCUGGACCUGCCCAGAGAGAGAUCCAAGUCGGACUCGUACACCCUGGACCCGGACACCCUAAGGAAAAAGGUCCCUCUCACCUCGGAGCCACUGAGGGGAAGGUCCACCUCGCCCAAACCCAAACUACCCCCCAAGGACAGGAGCAGCAAAGGAGGUGACAGGAACACGGAGAACCGCACCCCGUCGCCCCAUGUAACCCAGGAGGACCUCCACAGCGAGGUGGUGGAGGUGUGUGCGUCUAGCACUCUUCUUUCCAAUGAUGAUGAAGGAAACGACGAGAACGUUAAGGUGAGCAACACAGAGGAGGGCUCCUCCAAGGUGCACUUCAGCAUCGGCAAGGCGCCCAUCAAGGAGGAACUGGAGAGCAGCCGCUUGUCGCCCAAAGUCAGCCGCAAGACCUCCAGCCGCCAUGUGCGCCCCAAGAAGGACAAGUCGGGCCUGCUCUUCAAGGGCGAGAGCUCAUCGAGGCUCGCCGAGCCCACCAAGCAGGCUAUGUCGCCCUCGGUGGCAGAGUGCGCCCGGUCGGUCUUCGCUGCGUUCCUCUGGCACGAGGGCAUCGUCCACGACGCCAUGGCCUGCUCCUCGUUCCUCAAGUUCAACCCGGAGCUGACCAAGGAGCACGCGCCCAUUCGCAGCUCUCUGGGUGGCCAGGGCGGCCAAGAGGAGAGGGAGAGCAAGCUGAAGAACCGCCACUCACUGGAGAUAUCCUCGGCCCUCAAUAUGUUCAACAUUGCCCCACAUGGGCCCGACAUCUCCAAGAUGGGCAGCAUCAACAAGAACAAGGUCCUGUCCAUGCUCAAAGAGCCACCACUGCCAGAGAAGUGUGAGGACGGCAAGGGGGAGCCCAUCUCCUACGAGAUGACCUCUCACCCCUUCAUGAGGGCCAAGUCCAUCCUGCCACUCACCCUCCAGCACCUUGUUGCAUUUUGGGAGGACAUCUCCAUGGCGACCAUCAAGGCAGCCACCCAGAACAUGAUUUUUCCCAGCCCGGGCUCCAGCGCCAUCCUGAAGAAAAAGGAGAACGAGAAGGACAGUAAGAAGUCCAAGAAGGAGAAGAAGAAAAGAGAGAAGGCGGAGGUGCGCCCCAGGGGGAACCUGUUUGGGGAGAUGGCCCAGCUGGCCAUGGGGGGACCAGAGAAGGACACCAUCUGUGAGCUUUGUGGGGACUCGCACCCCUACCCUGUCACCUACCACAUGAGGCAGGCCCACCCAGGUUGUGGUCGCUACGCGGGAGGCCAGGGCUACAACAGCAUCGGCCACUUUUGUGGGGGCUGGGCAGGAAACUGUGGUGACGGAGGGAUCGGAGGAAGUACCUGGUACCUGGUGUGUGACCGCUGCAGGGAGAAGUACCUGAGAGACAAGCAGACUGCAGCCAGGGAAAAGGUGAAGCAGUCGAGGAAGAAGCCCCUGCAGGUGAAGACGCCGCGGGCGCUGCCCACCAUGGAGGCCCACCAGGUGAUCCGUGCCAAUGCCCUUUUCCUGCUGUCCCUAAUCAGCGCUGCCGAGCCCAGCCUGCUGUGGCACCACCCGCCUCGCCCACUUCACUCCACACUGCCCAGCCUCAAGGAGGGUGUCUCCGACGAGAUGCCCAACAAGAUCGGCUGCCUGUACCUGCAGACGAUGGCCAGGCAACACACAGAGAACUUUGGUGGGUACCAGGAUGACAACCUGUUCCAGGAUGAGAUGAGGUACCUGCGUUCCACGUCUGUCCCUGCGCCCUACAUCUCAGUCACCCCCGACGCCUGCCGCAACGUGUUCGAGGAGCCCAAGAGCAACAUGAAGUCCAUGCCACCCAGUCUGGAGACCAGCCCAAUCACAGACAGUGACUUGUCCAAGCGGAUGGUGUUCCAGAGGUCUUACUCUGUAGUGGCCUCUGAGUAUGACAAGCAGCACUCGGCCUCCCCGGCCAGGGUCAAAGCCGUGCCCAGACGCAGAGUCCACAGUGGGAAUGCAGAAGUGGGUUCUUCUCUGUUGCACCACCCCUCCCCGGAACUGUCCCGUCUCAUUUUGGCCCACGGAUCCCUCAGUAAGGGCGAGAGGAACUUCCAGUGGCCUGUCCUGGCCUUUGUCAUCCAGCACCACGACCUGGAGGGUUUGGAGGUGGCCAUGAAGCACGCCCUGCGCAAGUCCGCCUGCAGGGUCUUCGCCAUGGAGUCAUUCAACUGGCUGCUGUGUAACGUGAUCCAGACCACCUCGCUGCACGACAUCCUGUGGCACUUUGUCGCCUCCCUCACCCCAUCACCCUUUGAAACUGAGGAUGAGGAGGAGCAAGAAAACAAAGCCCCCGGGAACAAGGAAAUCGUGAUGGAGCAGGAGAGGGACCUGGGUGUGUGUGAGCACCCGCUGUCUGACAUUGUGAUCGCCGGGGAGGCCGCCCACCCCCUCCCCCACACCUUCCACCGCCUCCUCCAGACCAUCUCCGACCUAAUGAUGUCACUUCCUAGUGGCAGCUCCCUGCAACAGAUGGCCCUCAGGUGUUGGAGUUUGAAGUUCAAGCAGUCUGACCACCAGUUCCUGCACCAGAGCAACGUGUUCCACCACAUCAACAACAUAUUGUCCAAGUCGGAUGACGGCGACAGCGAGGAGAGCUUCAACAUCAGUGUGCAGUCUGGCUACGAGGCCAUGAGCCAAGAGCUGUGCCUAGUGUCCUGUCUGAAGGACCUGACCAGCGUGGUGGACAUAAAGACGUCCAGCCGUCCGGCCAUGAUCGGCAGCCUGACGGAUGGCUCCACCGAGACCUUUUGGGAGUCGGGCGAUGAGGACAAGAACAAGACCAAGUGCAUCACCAUCAGCUGCGUCAAAGGCAUCAACGCCUCCUACAUCACUGUGCACGUGGACAACUCCCGCGACAUUGGGAACAAAGUCACCUCCAUGACGUUCCUGUGUGGCAAAGCCGGGGAGGACCUCUGCAGGACCAAACAGAUCGACCUCGACUCGCGUCACAUGGGCUGGGUGACCAGUGAGCUUCCUGGCGGGGACCACCAUGUGAUCAAGGUGGAGCUGAAGGGGCCCGAGAACACGCUGCGGGUGCGCCAGGUCAAGGUGCUGGGCUGGAAGGCUGGCGAGAGCAUCAAGAUCGCGGGGCAGAUCUCGGCCAGCGUGACCCAGCAGAAGAACUGCGAGGCCGAGACACUCCGCGUUUUCCGCCUCAUCACCUCACAGGUAUUUGGGAAGCUAAUCUGCGGAGAUGCUGAGCCCACCCCUGAACAGGAGGAGAAGAACCUGCUGUCAUCAUCAGAGGGAGAGGACAAGGCUCCGUCAGACGCAGACCUGAAGGAACACAUGGUGGGCAUCAUUUUCAGCCGGAGCAAGCUGACCAACCUGCAAAAACAGGUGUGCGCCCACAUCGUCCAGGCCAUCCGCAUGGAGGCGACCCGGGUGCGCGAGGAGUGGGAGCAUGCCAUCUCCAGCAAGGAAAACGCCAACUCGCAGCCCAGCGACGACGACGCCUCCUCGGACGCCUACUGCUUUGAGCUGCUGUCCAUGGUGCUGGCUCUGAGCGGCUCCAAUGUAGGCCGCCAGUACCUGGCCCAGCAGCUGACGCUGAUGGAGGACCUGUUCUCGCUGCUGCACACGGCCUCGCCCCGUGUCCAGAGACAGGUGACCUCUCUCCUCCGUCGUGUCCUUCCUGAGGUGACACCCGUGCGCCUGGCCAGCAUCAUCGGCAUCAAGGCCCUGCCGCCUGCCGAUAUCAGUGACAUCAUCCACUCGACCGAGAAGGGUGACUGGAACAAGCUUGGCAUCCUGGACAUGUUCCUGGGCUGCAUCGCCAAGGCGCUCACCGUGCAGCUCAAGGCCAAGGGCACCACCAUUGCCGGCACGGCGGGCAUGGCGGCAGGCAAAGGCAUCACAACUGUCACACUGCCCAUGAUCUUCAACUCCAGCUACAUACGCCGGGGGGUGAGCCACUGGUGGAUGAAGGGAUCCACUCCCCCUCAGAUCGCUGAGAUCAUCAUCAAGCUGGUCAAAGACAUGGCUGCCGGACACCUGUCGGAUGCCUGGUCUCGGGUGACGAAGAAUGCCAUCGCUGAGACCAUCAUGGCCCUCACCAAGAUGGAAGAGGAGCAUCGCUCGCCAGUCCGUUGCAUUGCCACCACCCGGUUGUGGCUUGCUCUGGCCUCUCUGUGUGUGCUGGACCAGGAUCAUGUGGACAGGCUGUCCUCAGGCCGCUGGAUGGGCAAAGACGGACAGCAGAAACAGAUGCCCAUGUGCGAUAACCAUGACGACGGCGAGACGGCAGCCAUCAUCCUGUGUAACAUGUGUGGUAACCUGUGUACCGACUGUGACCGCUUCCUCCACCUGCACCGACGCACGCGCUCCCAUCAGAGACAGGUGUUUAAGGAGGAGGAGGAAGCAAUCAAGGUGGACCUCCACGAGGGCUGUGGGAGGACAAAGCUCUUCUGGCUCAUGGCUCUGGCCGACUCCAAGACCAUGAAGGCCAUGGUGGAGUUCAGGGAACACACGGCUAAUGCUCUGCCUCUGUGUGCGGGGAAACCAGCCUCCAGCAGCUCAGAUGCCUGCAGGUUCUGUGGCACCAGGAACGGCACCGAGCUCUCAGCCGUGGGCAGUGUCUGCUCUGACCCAGACUGCCAGGAGUAUGCCAAGCUGGCGUGCAGUAAGACCCACACGUGCGGCCACCUCUGUGGCGGGGUGAAGAACGAGAAGAGCUGCCUGCCCUGUCUGCACGGCUGCGAGAAGAACACAGGCUGCCUGAAACAGGACGCCGACGACAUGUGCAUGAUCUGCUUUACUGAGGCGCUCUCUGCCGCUCCCGCUGUCCAGCUGGACUGCAGUCACGUGUUCCACCUCCAGUGUACCCGUCGUGUUCUUGAGAACCGCUGGCUCGGGCCCAGGAUCACCUUCGGCUUCAUGUCCUGCCCCAUCUGCAAGAACAAGAUUAACCACUCGGUCAUCAAGGACCUGCUGGACCCUAUCAGGGAGCUGUUUGAGGACGUAUGGAGGAAGGCUCUGAUGAGGAUGGAGUACGAGGGGCUGCACAAGAGCGAGGCCAUCACCAUGCCCGGUGCCCGCUUCCACAACGACCCGGCCGGCUUCGCAAUGAACCGAUACGCCUACUAUGUCUGCUACAAGUGCAAAAAGGCGUAUUUUGGGGGAGAGGCACGCUGUGACGCGGAGGCAGGACAGGGAGACGAUUAUGACCCCAGCGAGUUGAUCUGUGGAGCAUGCUCAGAUGUGUCCAGGGCACAGAUGUGCUCCAAACACGGGACAGACUUUCUGGAGUACAAAUGCCGGUACUGCUGCUCGGUGGCCGUGUUCUUCUGCUUCGGCACCACUCACUUCUGUAACGCCUGCCAUGAUGACUUCCAGAGGAUGACCAGCGUGCCCAAGGAGGAGCUGCCUCACUGUCCUGCAGGUCCAAAAGGCAAGCAGUUGGAGGGGACGGAGUGCCCCUUGCACGUGGUUCACCCACCCACCGGCGAGGAGUUUGCCCUGGGCUGUGGAGUGUGCAGGAACGCCCACACGUUCUAAAAACAGCCAGGUCUGAAAACUGGGAGACACGUACCGAACACUCCUUCUUCUUCUGGGGCUGCAGCCCGAGCCCAACUUGUCAAGUAUCUCCUCAUGUUGGCUUUCAUGUUGUCAGAUGGCCCUGGACACUGGAUCAGGCUUUCUACCGUACUCAAGAGUCCCGAGUUGUGCUCUUCUACCUACCAACCAGAGUCUUCGAGGAUUAUACAAAACAUACAAAGAGAGUUGAGGCUGUCUAUGUGGAUUCCAGAGGAAACUCCCAUGUAAAAAAAAAAAAAAAAAAAAAAAAAAAGUGUGACCUGUUUGCAUGUGGCCGUUGUAACCCCUUGGCUUCCAUAGACCUCCCGAUCACUGAAGUGUAACAAUGUAUUGCAUUAAUUUUUAUUAUUAUUUUUUUUUAUUUUUUUUGCUGAAGGCAACUAGGAUGAACUUGGAUAUAUAAAAGAAAAAAGAUGAGACAGGCUGUAUUUCCAGCUUCCUAACUAUGAAUUCAAAAUAUUGUUGUAUGUAAACAGACUUUUCGUAAUCCUGUACAGUAUUCUCUCCACUGUCGAGUGCAUCAUGGGUUGACAGACAAAAAAAACUAAAGAGAAUAAUAAUUCUGAGGUGGUGAAAAAGACUGUUAAGAAUAUGUUUUGGAGGAAAAUAGUGUACAAUUGAUCUAAUCUUGUAUAUAAUGAUGUAUUCUGAAGUUGCUACUCUACACUUCAGUUUAGUUUGAUAUUCUGGGUUAUGUUUUGAGCCAGAACUUUUAAUGAAGUGCAGUACUGGGUGUGCCUCCUUUCUUGCAGCUGUUUAUCCUAUGGAAUGUAUGUCAAUAAAAGCCACUGUACAUUUUUAUACAGUGAUAAACAGUCGUAUUCCCCCAAUUCAAAAUGUCAGAUCACUUCUGUUCUCUGAAAAUUAUGAGGAGCCCAGCGUCUGCAGUGUAUGAAGGUUGAUUGUUGUGAACCCUUUUUUCUGCUCCACAAUCGGAAAAGUAACGUGGUGGUACAAACCCUUUUUUCUGUAAUUUGUUUUAACAACUCGGAAGGUGAGUAUGCUAUAGGCUACCAUUCUAUUGUAAAUGACCGAUAACUCAACGUGUUGGGGGGGCCAGUCUUCUUCAUACCAAAUAUUAAAAAUAAUUGUGAAUCUGUAAUGCUUUUCCAUCAGUAGGAGGCAGGGGGGACAUGGGGGUCUGGGUAUGGGGGUGUAAGAAAAAACAAACAGCUGCUGUUAUAAAAGCGUAUUACUUGUGAAUCUGCUCUGUAAUAGCUGUGGUGGAUGGAUUUGAAUGGAAAUAAACCAGGUUCUCUGUUUCGCAAGGUA